AUGUUCAAGUCCCUCCUCUCCGCGGGGCUUCUGGCAGCGGCGGCCGCCGCACAGCAGACAUCGUCGUACGUUGACGCUGCCUCUGGAAUUACCUUCCAGCGGCACAGCGAGACGUCCGGCUUCGCCUUCGGUAUCGCUCUGCCCACCACUGUUGGCAAAGACUUUAUCGGCCAGAUCUCAGCCCCUGUCUCCACAGGCUGGGCCUCCGUUUCGCUCGGCGGUCCCAUGACCAACAAGAUCCUCGUUGUAGCGUGGCCCAACGGAGACUCGGUCCAGACGUCCAUACGCAAGGCCAGCGGAUACUCGAACCCGGAUGUCGUCACCGACUCUGGCAUUACCCUGAAGCCUAUCGCUUCUGGCAUCUCCGUCAACGAAACCUCCUUCACUUACACUUUCCUCUGCCAGGGCUGUAUCACUGGCGACGAAACUACCUUCACCGGCACCGCCGACAUCACCACCUUCGGCUGGGCUUACUCGACCACUGCGCUCUCGGACACCUCCAGUGCCUCCGUUGCUCUCAACUACCACGGUGCCGGUUUCGGCCUCUUCGGCGCUAACCUUGCCGAUGCUAAGUCGGCUGACUACGCCACCUGGGCUGCUAAGGCUUCGGAUGCUGCCACUACCCCCGGUGCCGGCAACGGCACCGCCCCCUCGGUCCCUGCCAACGUCACCACCACCAUCUCGAACACGACCUAUGAUUACAUUGUCGCCGGCGGUGGCGCCGCAGGCCUCAUUGUCGCCGAACGUCUGGCAGAGUCUGGCAAGAGUGUUCUGCUGCUUGAGCGUGGCGGUGCCUCCAUCGCUGCGACCGGCGGGAAGGCCACUCUCGAUUGGAACAACACCGUUACCCAGUACGACGUCCCGGCCAUGGGUUACUACCUAUCCACCGCCAAGGAGACGAGCGAGUACUGCACCGACACUGCUUCCCAGGCUGGAUGUCUUCUUGGCGGCUCGACCAUGGUGAACGCCAUGAUGUGGGUUAAGCCUGCUGCCCAUGACUUCGACGACAAGUGGCCCGCGGGCUGGAAGUGGAGUGACGUCGAGGAGUCUGCCAACAAGCUCUACGAGCGCACCCCCGGCACCAUCCUACCCAGUAAGGACGGCAAGCGUUAUGACCAGGGCGCUUACGAUGUCAUGUCCAAGUGGCUGGCCGGCAACGGUUUCACCGAGGUAAACGGCCUAGCGGAACCCAACAAGAAGGAGGCUGUCUUCACCCACCCCCCUUGGUUGAUCGAGAACGGCCUUCGUGGAGGCCCCAUCCGUGACUACCUCCCCCGUGCCCAGGCCAUGCCCAAUUUCAAGCUCCAGCUCAACGCCAAGGUCGUUCGCGCCGUCCGUAACGGCACCACCAUCUCCGGUAUCGAGGUUGAGACCGGCAAGAACACUCGCCAAAUUAUUAACCUCAAGUCUGGCGGCGCCGCGAUCCUUGCUGCCGGUGCUCUGUCUACGCCCCGUAUUCUGUUCAACAGCGGUAUCGGACCCAAGGAGCAGAUUCAGACGGUCAAGAGUGGCUCUGUGCCGGUCACUCUGCCGGCCGAGGCCCAGUGGAUCGACCUUCCUGUCGGCCAGAACCUCAAAGACCACCCCAUCUUUACCGUCAACUUCCAGACCAAGUCUACCCUGAAUUCUCUGGCAAGCACUGCCUUCACCAGCCCGUCCCAGACUGACGUCGACGAGUUCGCUCAGGGGUCUGGCCUCCUCGCCCAGGCCGGUCAGCGUCUGAACUUCUGGACGAGCGUCGAGGGUUCUGACGGCCAGAAGCGCUACGUCCAGGGUACCGUCAACUCCCCUAAGAACGACACCAUCAGAGUCAAGGUUUAUCUCACUCACGGUCUGACAUCCGUCGGUGCUCUGGGAAUCUCCGCCGACGGUUCCACCAAGUUGACCACUGAGCCCUACCUCACCACCAAGGGCGACAAGGAUGCCAUCACGAGUUUCAUGAACCAACUCAUCAAGUACGCCUCCAAGUCCAACAGCACUCUGGCCCUGGCCGGCAACGCCACCGCCGAGAGCCUUAUUUCGGAGUACGUCACGGGAAGCCACUUUGUCGGCAGUGCCAUCAUGGGAACCAAGAACGACGGUAAGAGCGUCGUCGAUACCCAGACCAAGGUGUGGGGCACCGAAAACCUCUUCGUAGUCGAUGCUUCCAUUCACCCUGACUUGCCAACCGGCAACACUCAGGCCAUCGUCAUGGUUGCCGCCGAGCACGCCGCCGCCCAGAUCCUUGGCGGAGCUGGAACCGGGAACAGCACUGGCGGCUCCGACUCCUGCAGCGGCAAGGCCGGCUACAAACGCGCAACAAGGCGUGCGCAGCUCCUCCGGCACUCUUACCGUGCCAGCCGUAACUUCUGA